GUGAUUGCUUUUACUGGUACAUAUAAUAACUGGUGGUAUGGUGAAAUAAUGAUCAAUUAAUAUCAUUGUAAGUUACGUUUACCGGGGCAUUAUCUUAUUCAUUGGUUUAUCUGUAUCAAGUAACACGCGUGCCAUCGUUUGAGUGUUUUCGAAUAUGCUGGAAUUAGUUCAAGCCACCGAAUCGCAAUUAAACUUCAUUUAUGGAGAAUUGAAUACGACUCCGGAAGCAAUUCGUAGAGACGUGUGUUCGUUGAUGGAAUGGCUGAAAAAGCAACCGCAUCUUCCCAAUGUUGAAGACGAGCAAAUGCUGACUCAUUGUCUAUUGCGAUGUAAGAACAGCGUGGAAAAAUGUAAAACUGUUUUGGAAGCAUAUUACACCCUAAAAUCAGCUAUGCCAGAAAUAUAUGAUGAUAGAGAUCCGUAUGCUCUCGAUAUCGAACGAUGCAUGAAGGGGAUGGCGUUUGUACCUUUACCAAAAUUAACGUCAGAUGGCUGUCGUGUAAGCAUUUUACGUGUAUUUGACGCCAGCUUACAAGAUAAAAUUCACCCAGAUGAUGUAAUAAAAGCUACUUUCAUGUCGGGAGAUCUUCGACUAAAAAUAGACAGUUGUCGGUCGGAUAUACUGAUAUUUGAUUUUAAAGACUUCACCAUGCCAAUCAUGUCGUUGAUAAUGGCGAAUUUGAAGAAAUUUCUCAUCUUGGGAACGAAAGGUAUACCUAUGAGACAAAAGAGGAAUUACGUAAUUAAUGCUCCACCAUCUGCUGAAUCAUUAAUUGUACUUGCCAAAAGUUUUAUCAGAAAAGAUUUAUGGCGAAAGCUGGAAGUUUUGCGAAACAGCGACGAAUUACUCAAAGCAAUUCCAAAAGAAAUAUUACCGAGAGAUUACGGAGGAGAAGAACUUCCGUUAAGCGAACUACGAGAUGCUUGGUUAGAUACUUUAAGACAUUACCGAGAUUGGUUUUUUGCUGAAAAUGAAAUUAAAGCUGAUAAAUCAAAGAAACUUACCCAUACUAAUAGCCGUUUGGGUGAUACGCCUCUAGAAGGGUCUUUUAGGAAAAUCAAUUUAGAUUGAUUUGUAUAAUUUUAAUACCUACUUAUCUACCCAUUUUGCAAAUUGUGCCAAAAUUUUAUUUUUUUUAGUUGAAAUAAAAAAUGUUGUAUUACAUGUA